GCCGCCAAGGGUCUUUGGCAUCCCGGUGCCACCAACACGGAAGGUCUGAUCUUUCUGGUCCAAAGAAAUUGCUGGUUGGCUUCGGUCUCCACAGAGUAAGGACCUACGCCUCCCACUGUCAACCAUGAUGCUGCACAUCCGGCCUCAGCCACUCAAACCCCAGUACCCAGCAUCCUACUUGGUUCUAUGAGAAAACAGCUUCAGAUUCUACACAAGGGAGGAAACCUGAAGAAGAAUGGCCAGCUCUAAUUCUCAAGACAUGGUCUGUGGGUCAGUGACAUUUAGGGAUGUGGCUGUUGACUUCUCUCAGGAAGAGUGGGCCUGCCUGGAUGCUACUCAGAAGGUCUUAUACAGGGACAUAAUGUUGGAGACCUACAGCAACCUCAUUGCAGUGGUGGGAAGUUGCAUUUCCAAGCCAGAUCUGAUCGUCUUACUAGAGCAGGAGAAAGAGCUCUGGAUGGCUGUGAAGGAAGAAACAGACAGGUUGAGCCCAGAUUUGGAAUCAGAUUAUGAAGCUCAACAAAUAUCUCCAGACAACCACAUAUAUACUAUAAAUUUACCCAAACAGACCAUAAAGCAUAUAAGUGAAACUUUUGAACUCAAGGGCUCCAGUUUUAGUAAUGGCCACAGCUAUAGUACAUUCACGGGACUACAGGGUUGUCAAGGAGAUGUUGAUCAAAAGAUUAGUAACAAGGAAAAAAUGCUCACUUAUACCUGCCACACUCUAACUCACAAUACAGACAAUGAAUAUGAAUGUAAAGAGUAUGGGAAGUACUUUGGUUGUAGGUCAACUCUUAUACAGCAUCAUAGUGUUCACACUGGAGAGAAGCCCUAUGAAUGUAAGGAUUGUGGGAAGGCCUUCAGAUUACAACAGCAUCUUACAAGACAUCAGAAAGCUCACAGUGGUGAGAGACCUUUUGAAUGUAAUGAAUGUGGUAAAUUUUUCAAGCAUGGCUCCAGCCUUGUUCAACAUAAGAUUAUUCAUGCUGGUGUGAAACCAUAUGAAUGUAAUGAAUGUGGGAAAGCCUUUAAUCGGCGCUCAAACUUCAUGCGACAUCAGAAAGUUCAUUAUGACAAGAAACCCUUUCAGUGUAAAGAAUGUGGCAGUGCCUUCACUGUUCUAGCACAGCUCAUCACUCAGCCUCAGAACAUUCAUAAUGGAAAGAAAUCAUUUGAGUGUAAACAGUGUGGAAAGAUAUUCAGUAAUGGUUCCUACCAUAUCCAACACCAGAGUAUUCAUUCCAGUGAGAAAGCCUUUGGGUGUCAUGUAUGUGGGAAGGCUUUUAGGCUUCAGGUAUACCUUUCUGAGCAUCAGAAAACUCACACUGAUGAGAAGCCUUUCAAGUGUAAUCUGUGUGGGUCAGUCUUCAGACGUAAGUACCACCUUACUGAACAUCAGAGAAUCCAUACUGAUGUGAAACUAUAUCAGUGCAAGGAAUGCGGGAAAUUAUUUCGUCGACGCUCAAAUUUUAUGGAACAUCAGAGUAUUCACACUAAUGUGAAACCUUUUAAGUGUGAGCUGUGUGGGUCAGCCUUCAGACUUCAAUCACUACUUAGUCAACAUCAGAGAAUUCAUACUGAUGAGAAACCAUACCAGUGCAAGGAAUGUGGGAAAUUCUUUCGUCGAAGGUCAAAUUUUACUGAGCAUCUGAGUAUUCACACUAACGUGAAACCUUUCAAGUGUGAGCUGUGUGGGUCAGCCUUCAGACUUCAGUCCCUACUUAAUCAACAUCAGAGAAUUCAUACUGGUGAAAAACCAUACCAGUGCAAGGAAUGUGGGAAAUUCUUUCGUAGAAGUUCAAAUUUUACUGAACAUCGGAGUAUUCACACUAAUGUGAAACCUUUCAAGUGUGAGCUGUGUGGGUCAGCCUUCAGACUUCAGUCCUUACUUAGUCAACAUCAGAGAAUUCAUACUGGUGAAAAACCAUACCAAUGCAAGGAAUGUGGGAAAUUCUUUCGUCGAAGAUCAAAUUUUACUGAGCAUCUGAGUAUUCAUACUAAUGUAAAACCUUUCAAGUGUGAGCUGUGUGGGUCAGACUUCAGACUUCAGUCCCUACUUAAUCAACAUCAGAGAAUUCAUACUGGUGAAAAACCGUAUCAGUGCAAGGAAUGUGGGAAAUUCUUUCGUAGAAGUUCAAAUUUUACUGAGCACCUGAGUAUUCACACUGGAAAGAAACCCUUCGAUUGUAAUAAAUGUGGAAAAGUCUUUAGACUUAAUAUACAUCUUAUUCGCCACCAGAGAUUUCAUAAUGGUGAGAAGGUAAAGAGUGUGGAGAGGCCUUUCAUCUUAAGAGCCAUAAAAUAAUUUAUUCAGGUCAGAAAUGUUUGAAUGCAAGGAAUGUGGGAAGUCCUUCAAGCUUGUUUUCACUCUUGUUUGGCAUAGGGUUAUUCAUGCUGCUGUGAAACAAUAUGAAUGUAAUGAGUGUGGGAAAACCUUUAAUUGUUCAAAUCUCAUGCAACAUCAGAAAAUUGACUCUGAUGAGAGACUCAUUUAGUGUAAGGACUGUGAAAAGGCCUUCACUGUUCUGGCUCAGCUUACUAGGCACCAGAACAUUCAUGCUGGAAAGAAGUCCUUUGAAUGUGAGUAGUGCUGGUCAGCCUUCAGACUUAGUGCCAACUUAUUCAAUCUCAGAGAAUUCAUACUGAUGUGCAUCCCUAUCAUUGCAAGGAAUGUGGAAAAGCUUUGUUAGUGGUCCAAGUCUUAGAAUUCAUGAGAGAACUCACAGUUGUGAUUCACACUCAUGAGAGACCUUAUCAGUGUUAAGAAUGUAUAAAGGCCUUUAGUCAAAAAUGAAGCUGGUUGGGCUCUAGAGUUCAUAUUAGUAGAAGCCUUAUGAAUAUAAAGAAUGUGAAAAGGCCUUUAGCAAUAAUUCUAAGCUACCUGUAUAUUAGAAAACUUAUACUGGUGAGAAACCCUAUGAAUAUAAGAAGUAUGGGAAAACAUUUAGAAUUAGUUCAUCCUCCCAUGCACAUUGGAGAAUUCAUACCAGUGUAAAACCUUGUCACUGUAAAGAAUGUGGAAAUAACUUCAAUUGGAGAUCAAGUCUUCUUCAACAUAAAAGAAUCCAUGCUGGUGUGAAACCUUUUGAAUACAAGGAAUGUAGAAACAUAACAGAAAUAGCAAAGCUCUUAAAGCUCUUCAGAGAGGACAGGUAGAUCUGAAACCCUAUAAAUGCAAAGGCUGUGAAAGCCCUUAUUGUCAAUGAUGAGCUUACACAAUAUCAGAAAAUCCAUGAUCAUCAGGAGUCCUGUGCAUGUAAGGAAUGUGGACAAGCCUUUGUAUGAAAAUUUCACUGAAGAUCAGAGCACUCAUAUUCUUAAGUCUAUGACUGAAAAGAUUGUGGGAAGAACUUUAGGAUGCCUUUUGGUUUGGUCAACGUCAUAGUAUUCAUAUAUUCCUAGUGGGACAAACCCUUUGAAAAUGUGAAUGUGGGAAGUCUAUUCAGAGGAAGUACUCUGUUGAGAAUGUCUUUAAAUGUCAUAAAUACAGGGGAGCCAGCAUUAUUUUGAUUUACUCUCUUGUUAGUUGUAUAAUCUUAAUUUAUCAAUCAUUAGUCAGCCAGGACAGUCAACUUAGGGAGGGCAGUUAUUGGAACUAGGUUUACCUGCGAUGACUUCAUUGUCACCAUUCACAUCCCACUGCUCUUGUGAUAUUAGACUGGAUGUUUACUUUGUUUUUGUAUAAUUUGUUAAUGGCUAGCACAGCACCAGCCAAAGCUGUAACAACAGAGUUAUAAUAGAUAAUAAAAUCCUUGCGAGUAUUUGGUCAGUACUCAUGUUCUGUAAAGUGGCCUCUACAGUGUUCUUGCUUUCAUCAACAUUACUGCAACUCUUAUGAAAAGAUAAUUGUACUUUAGAUGGUUUAGGAAAGCCACGUGCAUUCAUUCAUUGUUAAAUUUUAAAUAACUUCAUUCUGGGUACAUCUAAUAAAUGAAGGAACAUUAAAGGAUUUGAAUUGUGAGUCCAUUAAAUAUUUGUGUAGAGAUUUUAAAAAUACAGUCAUUGAUGAAUAAGUACUUUCUAAGGGGUUAAACCAUUUUUAAAAAUUAAAACUGAUUAUUUUUGCCCUCUGCCCACAUCUGAAGAUAAACUACACAUUUGUGAUAAGACAAGGAAGUCUACAGGAUCCUCCAUCUCUUAGUCUUGCUGAGGUCAUUUCAGGUUUGGCUAGAAUUUCCUUGAUGGAGAAUCUCAUGGAAUAUUACCCAACUCUGUUCUAGGAUAUGGAGGUCAAAAUGUCUCUGAUAAUUUAUCCUGGCAUAUGUUAAAUGGCCUGUGUCCAGCUACCUGCUUAUCUUGGCUUCUUUUAAACUUCCUGCUUGGACAAAAGCUCCCCCUGCAGCUGUUGAGCAAGGUAAUAGAAUGUGGGUUUUGCUCUAAAUGCUUGGAGGUAUACUUGGGUCCCAAAUAACUGAAUGUACUCAGAGCUGGCUGGAGUUAUUUUUCAGUUGGCCAUAUACUGUCUGAGUGGUGUUCUCAUAACAACCAAAAUAGCCAAAUUGAAACUACUUAGAAAAAUACAUGUAUGAAGUUUUCUAUGCUUAUGGGAAACUUGAAAUAGUCAAGAACUCACCUCUGUAUCAUUACUUAGAUUUAAAGUUGUUAACAAUUUCUAUGCUGAUUGUAUUUCUCUUUAUAUAUAGGGUAUUUGGGGUUUGUCUUAGGGUUUCAUUGCUGUGAAGAAAUGCCAUGACUGAGGCAACUCUUAAACAGAAAAAUUGGAGCUGGCUUAUAGUUUCAGAGAUUCAGUCUAUUAUCAUCAUAGUGCAAACAUGGCAGUCUCCAGACAAAUAUGGUACUGAAAGGAGGUUUCUACAUCAUAAUCUGAAGGCAGCCAGGAGGAGGAUCUCCUUUGCCCUGGGCAGAGCUUAAGCAUAGGACCUCAUAGACCACAGUCACUUGCUUUGUCCAACAAGGCCACACCUAAUAGUGCCAAUUCCCAUGGGCCAAGCAUAUUCUAACCACAGGACUGUACAUUCAGAAAGUUUUAAGAGUUUGUAUAGUAGUGCAUGCCUUGAUUACAGUAAUUGGAAAUUUGAGGCAGGAGAAUCAAGAGUUGUAUGUAGUAUAGGUAUACAGUGACUUCAUGUCCAGCUUUUGUUUACUAGAGACCCUUUCUUAAAAAAAAAUAGACAUAGCAUUUUGCCCUUUCCUACAUCAGCCAAGAUGGAAUGUCCUCUAUAUCACAGAGUCAUAAUUUUCCUUGAGGAAAUGAUGCAAAUUUUUACAACGUUCAAAAAUUUGUUAUUGGUCUCCAAACUGUCCUGUGUUCAAAUGUAUAUAUCCUAAGAAGAAUCCAAUAUAGAUAAAUGGCCUUUAUCCGACCAUUAUUUAAUGGUGUUUUAUCUGAGAGACUUGUGCAUUGUAGGAGUGCUCUGUCACCCAGCUACAUUCCCAGUCCCUGGCCAUUGUAUCCUCUAUCCAAAGGAAAUUAGGUUCAGAUGAAACAUUUUUAAUAAGACAUUGUAGGUUGUAUGUCUUGUUCACUCCAGAGACCCAAGAGCCAAAGCUUAGCAGAAGACAGCACAAUCUUUCACAGGAAGAGGCUUUUCCUUGCGAGGUGUACCACUUACACUUUGGGCAGCAGGACACUUGGUUUCAAGUCAACUCCCCAAUGGAGCCAGAAUCCAUAGAAAUUUGUCCUUAUAAUCCUCAUCACUGAAUCCCACCCAGCAGAUUCUAGUACCACCUGGCGUCAUGCAGGAAGAAGAACCCCAGAAAGCCAAAAAGAUGGCCAGCUGUAAAUACAACACCUGCCACGUGGCUCCCAUCAGAAAGCUGGCUGAACAUGAAGCUACCUGUGUCAACAGGAGCUCCGUGGAGGAAGAGGACACAUUAGGUCCUCUGCAAGUCAGCCUCCCACUGCCGCAGAACGAGGACACGCUACAGGUCUGUUGGCUUUCCAACCUUGACAUUUGGAAUGUUGACGGCACCAACUGCCACCCAAAGUUCUUCAGAGUUUUGUUCUCCAAAAACUUGUUUGUGAAAGUGACACCCAAGAGUCACGGGGAGGAGACCAAUGCCCAGAAGAUACUCAGACUAGGACCAGGAAGGCAAACUUCUAGCAGGAGGAAGAGGGCUCUCGAAUGCAUGGAUGGAUUGUGCAUCUCAUCUGAAUAAAAACCUGCAAAGUUAAAAAAAUAAAAGUAUGGUUUCAUAGGAACCAAUUGCAAACUCUUAAUGAUUUUCAAAAAUUAAUGGAAGAUAUUAACUGGCUGAGGUCUACAAUUGGGUUAAGUACUUAUGAGUUAAGUAAUUUGUUUCAAAUGAUACAAGGAAAAUUUAAACAGUCCAAAAUGUCUGUCAGCUAAAGUAUAAAGAGUUGACUCUUCUAGAACAAAGACUACAAGAGGCAUAUGUGGAUCAUGUUGAUUCUAAAUGUGAUUGUAUUCUGUUCAUUUUACCUUCAACUCGUUCCCCUACUGUAUUCAUUGUGCAAAGGGAAGAUAGUAUUAUGGAAUGGAUUUUCUUAGAUCAUGAACAAAGUGAAAAAUUGAUGUCAUAUAUUGAAAAGAUUUUUUAAUUAAUUGAACUUACAAAGGAAUU